CAAGAAGAUAUAACAACAUAUUGGCGGUGACAGUAACAGGCGAUAAACAAUCCUAAAUCUAAAUCCUAGGGUUUCACUCUCGCGCUCUCUCUCGAUCUCUCUCCUCUCUCCAUGGAUCUCCUAAAAUCUUACACAGAGCCCAACGACGACAACGGCAACAAUUCAGACGACUCAAGCCCUGAUUCCUCCCCGAUCCGAUUCUCCAUCCGUCCCAAAUCCGCCGCCCCUCAAGUCGACGACACCAGCCUCGCUCUCUCCAUCUCCUCCAACCCCCAAUCCACCAAGCCCCUCGACCCGACCCAACACGUCGUCAAUUACAAUCCUACUUACGACCAGCUGUGGGCCCCAAUUGUGGGUCCUGCUCAUCCGUAUGCUAAAGAUGGGAUUGCUCAGGGGAUGCGUAAUCAUAAGCUAGGGUUUGUUGAAGACGCUGCGAUUGAGCCGUUUCUUUUCGAUGAGCAGUACAAUACUUUUUAUAAGUACGGGUAUGCUGCUGAUCCGUCGGGUGGGAUUGGGAGUAAUUAUGUGGGGGAUUUGGAUGCGGUGAAGCAGAAUAAUGCGAUUUCGGUUUAUAAUAUUCCGCAACGGGAGCAGAAGAAGAGGAAGCUGGAGAAGAAGAAGGAAGCGCAGGAGGAUAAUGAGGGAGGGAAUGUUGGUGAGGGGGUUGAUGAUCCGUCGACGGAUGAGUGGUUGAAGAAGAAUAGGAAGAGUCCGUGGUCGGGGAAGAAGGGGGAAUUGCAGACUGAAUUGACGGAGGAGCAGAAGAAGUAUGCGGAAGAGUAUGCCAAGAAGAAAGGGGAGGAGAAGGAUGGGAAGAAGGAUAAGGCUGAGGUUGUGGCGGAUAAGAGUACUUUUCAUGGCAAGGAAGAUAGGGAUUAUCAAGGAAGGUCUUGGAUUGCGCCGCCUAAGGAUGCCAAAGCGAGUAAUGAGCAUUGUUAUAUUCCGAAACGACUGGUUCAUACUUGGAGUGGACAUACCAAGGGAGUUUCGGCGAUUAGGUUUUUUCCAAAGUAUGGUCAUUUGAUUUUGUCGGCUGGAAUGGAUAGUAAGGUGAAGAUUUGGGAUGUGUUUAAUUCGGGGAAGUGUAUGAGGACUUAUAUGGGGCAUUCAAAAGCUGUUAGGGAUAUUUCGUUUUGUAAUGAUGGGAGCAAGUUUUUGACUGCUAGUUAUGAUAAGAAUAUCAAGUAUUGGGAUACGGAAACAGGGCAGGUGAUAUCUACGUUUUCGACUGGGAAGAUUCCGUAUGUUGUGAAGCUUAAUCCCGAUGAUGAUAAGCAGAAUAUUCUUCUGGCGGGUAUGAGUGAUAAGAAGAUUGUUCAGUGGGAUAUGAAUAGUGGACAGAUUACUCAGGAGUAUGAUCAGCAUUUGGGGGCUGUUAAUACCAUCACCUUUGUUGACAAUAACAGAAGAUUUGUCACUUCGAGUGAUGACAAGUCUCUUCGUGUUUGGGAAUAUGGAAUCCCUGUGGUCAUUAAAUACAUUAGUGAACCUCACAUGCAUUCUAUGCCUUCCAUUUCUUUACACCCAAAUACCAAUUGGCUUGCAGCACAGAGUUUAGACAACCAAAUUCUUAUCUAUAGCACCAGAGAAAGAUUUCAGCUGAAUAAGAAAAAGAGGUUUGCAGGGCAUGUCAUUGCUGGGUAUGCUUGUCAAGUCAAUUUUUCACCAGAUGGACGUUUUGUCAUGUCAGGAGAUGGUGAGGGCAAAUGCUGGUUUUGGGAUUGGAAAAGUUGCAAAGUCUUUAAAUCUUUCAAGUGCCAUGAGGGAGUUACUAUCGGUUGUGAAUGGCAUCCUUUGGAGCAAAGUAAGGUUGCUACUUGUGGAUGGGAUGGCUUAAUUAAGUACUGGGACUGACCGCUUCAUUAUAGACACAGCUGGGGGGUUGAUGAUGGCUGACAGAUGAGAUCAUUACACAGUCGGAGCAAACCAUUAGUUAUUGAUAUCGAAUGACUCGUGAAGUCAAGCAAUUAGUAUAUCUGUUGCUGUGGAUCUCUAAAUGAAAUUUAAGGGACCUAUGCAAAACUAUCAACCAUGAAAAAUUUGUGAGGAACCUUGAUUAGAAUCUCAACUGAAUGUGUCCGUGUAAUUGUAUAAUGAAUUCCAGCAUGUAUGAGGAACCUUUAAGAGAAAUGUUUUUAAGACAUACACAGUUAACUUUGUUUCAGUCAGUUUUGUAAUUUUAACUUUUUAAUCAGAUCAGUUAUGAGAAUUUCUUGAGAGAUUUUAGUACA